AAGCCAUAGUUUAAAAAAAAUAGCGGAGAAGCAUCAGGCAGUCGUGUAGACGGCUUGCCCCGGGGCCUAGUCCAGGGAGUUGGGCCGCGUCGCGUGGGCUGCGCUGAGGAAGCUGGUCGCGGGAGUUCCUGGCUUUUUUGUGUCUCGCGAGGUGAGACGCCGCCCGGGCGGAGUUUCCACAGGCGGCGGUGCUGUCUGUGGCCUCCGCUGUAGGCCUGGGCGCGGAUGUGGAGGCGAGAGGAGAGUGAGGGGAGGGCUUUCUGAAGCCGAAGGCUCGGCGCCCCGGCGCCCGGGGCUGGGGGAGACUGCGGGGCGGCCGGCCGGAGCUGCUCGGUGGUCCCACCCAACUCCCUGGAAGCCGCCCGACCGCUCUCCUGAAAAAGCAAGGGAGAGGGGGGCGAAAAGCCCACUGGAGGGCGCGGGAGGGAGGGCUCUGAGGUCAGCCCGGUGCCCAGGAGGCUGGUCACACGUCUGCUCUCCAGGACCCCCAGAGGCUGACCUUAACAUCGAAUUCACCCUGCCCGCCUGGCUAACGGCGGUCGUGGAGCGUGCAGACACAGGAGAAACAAUCGCAAAAUUAGCAUCCUUCUACAAAAACUCAGGAAUAGGAGAGUGCUGUUUCACCCGGGAUGGAACUGUGUCCUUACUGUAAGAAGCCAUUUAAACGAUUGAAAUCCCACUUGCCGCACUGUAAGAUGCUAGGAGCAACUAUGCCUGCUGAUCAAGAAAUUCAUCAGUGUGAGACAGCUACACUCACACGUGGUAAAAAAAUCAAAAUGCCAAUCAGAGACUCAGUUAAAGCAAAAGAGAAAGAGUUAGGGACAGACAGUAAGAAAAGAAAUCUGGAACUGAAAGGGAACAAUUCAGAACGGACAGUCAAGUCCCCUUCAGCACGAGCUGUUGGUUUGGAAAAAGCAAGUCAUAAAAAAGCUGAUGAAGACAUCAAGAGUCAAGUUAAGCCCUCCCUCAAAAUGUUAAAGGAUACUAAACCAAAGGUUGCUUUCCAGGGAGAAACUACAGCUCAGUUUUCUGCGUCAGCAAACACCAGUUCUACAAAAGAACUUGCCAAAGCUUUGCCUCAAUCAGGAGAAAGUAGAAACAACCCUUCAGAAAUUGAAGCACCUUUACCUCCUGGCCCAGUGGCACCUUCUCGGUCGAAUCACGAUAGGAAAUAUUCUUCAGCCUGCCUUAAUGAUGUGCAAGCCACUUCAGCUGAUUUAAGAUUGGACAGGGUGGAUGCCUCAGGACAGAACCUCGUAGAAUUAUUCAGUGCACCUCUUGGUGAUGGUCAUAGGUCUCCUGUGAAUUGCAGUCACAGGGUUCAAAGAGGAAGCAUGUCGUCAUCAGGCAGAGAAAGAGACUCCAAGGCCGAGGAUCACCUCUUAGGAGUCUCUACUGAUAGAGACUUCAGGACUGUGGCAAAGAGUGCAGAAUCACAGAUUGCUGCUUUUAAACUUAACCCCUUAGGUAAAAGCCAGGGCAGGGAGAACCAGGGGAAAGCACUCCACCUUGGAGCAGAGACAUAUGGGAGCCAAGGAGGUGCAGAGAAAAGUGUAUCUGUGACAGAAAGGCAGGAUUGGGCUUCCCUGAGCCAUGAUUCAGUCACAGAGAAGAAACCUCGAGACAGAGGUUCCGGUUUACACUUGCUCCCGCUAAUGGGGACAACUUGCCCUGAGCGUCUCCCUCUAGCACAGUCACGUAACCAGAGUCCCACCUCUCUCGCUGUAAAAUUUCUCCAGGAAGAGAAAGCAGAAGCCGGCAGCCGGAAUCGAGUCCCUGCUGUGAAGGCGUUGACGGCGGGUGAGGAGUGGGCUUCUCUGACAGCUAAGCUGGGCUCUCAGCCCCCAGCAUCGCGCCCCCAGGGGCUGCAGUCUGCAUGUUCAGCCCAGCACCAUGCUUCCAGAAGCCCCUUGGCCGGUCAGACCCUGUCGAGCGCCCUGGGGCUGGAGUGGUUUCCAGAGCUCUAUUCUGGUUAUCUUGGCCUCGGUGUGCUGCCAGAGAGGCCCCAGCGUUGGAGCACUGUGGCCCAGAAGCCCCUGCUUGUCAUCAGUCCCCAGGGUGAGAGACUGUCCCAAGUUCCUUGGUUGGAAAGAAGCGCGACGGCCGUGAGGAGCUUGGAAGCACCGGCCAGCUCCUCUCUCAGGAGGCUCCUGGGAGCUGUCCACACAGGCUGGAUCCGGUGCCGCACCAGUGUGAGGAGCGGAGUUGGCGGGCUCACCUUGCUCUUCACCGGCUGCUUCGUCCUCUGCUGCAGCUGGAGCUUCAAGCAUCUGAGCCAUAAAACGGGGACAGUUACACCUGCUCUGCAGAGAUUGGGUGAGAUGAGAAGUCUCAACAUAGUAGGAACGAAACACCACCACCUUUGCCGACACCUCCUCCUAUGGCCUCGUCCUGCGUCCACAUCCUGAACUGGAAUCCAGCAAGAGGCCCCACCUCCAUCCAGCCAAACCCUGGCUACCACCCAGGUGCUUGCUUUCAUCAGCCAAGCCCCAUGCACCGUUCUUCACCUGCCGCCCGCUCACGACCACCCAGGGAGGCCAAAGCAGCCGUCACACUCCCCUAGAGAGAGGGUGCAGGCUUGAGAAGGUUGGUGGUCUGGCUGCGUGCCGUGUGUCACAUAACCCACCCAGGGAGGAGCUGUCUGCUGGGCCAGUGUGCUCUUGGACGACCUUGCCCCCCGCCCUCUCCCCUCCCACCAAGUGGGACGAGGCCGCUGCCUGUGUCUGCAAGACCGGCAGGCCUGGUCCCUUCACACCGCCCCUCUUCCUCCAGCGGCCUGGCCUGGCCUCCCUGCCCCUCGCCCCGGGGGUUAGGCUGCCCAGGGGCUGACUUAGACGAUGACACAGAUCACACAGUGCUUGCUGCCCCACCUCACUUCCUCACCUCCUGGGGCAAGCCUCGUUGGUACCAUCUACC